UCCGCAUCUGAAAAAUCUGGGAAAAUUAAGGAAACUCGUGAAACGAAAUCAAAGCUCCGUGUUUGAUUCAUAUUUCUGCCAAAUUUUCUUCCCCAGGAUCAGAUCUCUUGCUCGCUCGAUUGUUUCCUUCCCGUCCGAUCUGUGAUUUUUUUUUUAAAAAUCUGAUUUUGAUAAAGUUCGCUGUUUGUUCGGUUGCCGAUGUCGACUGCGACCGGAGAGAUCACCAUCGUCUGCAGCCACUGUGAUAGAGAUAUUCCAUCAGCAAAUAUCGAUUUGCAUCAAGUGCAUUGUGCUCGGAAUCUCGAAAAAUGCAAGAUUUGUGGCGAUAUGAUUCCGAAAAGGCAUGCUGACGAACAUUUCUCCAACACACAUGCCCCGGUAGAGUGCACGCUGUGCAAUGAGACAAUAGACCGUGAGGUUCUUGCCGUUCAUAAAGGUGAAAAGUGCCCACAGAGGAUCGUGACAUGCGAGUUUUGCGAGUUUCCGUUGCCUGCCCUUGACUUAGCCGAGCAUCAGGAAGUAUGUGGUAACCGGACCGAGCUCUGCUAUCAGUGCAAUAGCUAUGUUAGAUUGAGAGAAAGUUAUAACCAUGAAACUAGAUGUCCCGGCAUCGUGCACAACAAUGUUGAAUCGUCCAGAAGGAACGGGAGAGCAACGGGAGGAGAGGGGAACGGGAGGAGAAGAAACGGGAAUGAAGUCUCUCAAAGGCGGAUUCUCUUCACGAUAGCGAUAACGGGAAUAGCCGUUCUUCUUGGAUCGCUCUUCUUUCAGAGGAAAUCGGCCGUGAGCCAGGUAGAGUAGAAGGAAGAACUUCACUCUCUCUGAUGUCUGUGUGUUCCUGUAUAUCUCGUGAACGAAAACCUGUCUCUGCAAAAGAUUUGUUCUUCAGAUUACUUGCCAUUUCACAUCA